UCUUUUAAUUAUCUUCUAGUUCUUGCCUUUUUCACUACACACACUCUCUCUCCAUGUGCUCAGAUUUAUGUAACUCUAAGAACCAUGGUUAAUAAAUACUUAUUCUAAUACCCUUUUUUUUUUCGAGUCUAUUGUUUCUUCCUUAUUUUCAUUUUUUUUUAUCUGGCGUGAACUAUUACAUGUCAUGCAUGUAUAAACCACCUAAACGACUAUGCUCUUCUCUGUUUGACUUUGACCCCCGUUACUGUCGUUACUCGAGAUAAUGGAUCGCGGUCGACUGAAUUCUCCGGGCGUCUUGGCCGCAAAGCCCAACGGACAUACAAACGGUUUCAGUCACGGCGACGGUCGCGUUAGCAAGAACGCGACACAGUCCUUCGGCCAUCGACGAGUAUCGAAAAACACUAGCAAACCCGAGUCAAAAGAGAACAAUAUUACAUCCGACACCGAAACUAGUACCAGCAGCGGUUCUCGUCAUCCGCUAUACUCAGCUCCCAAGUAUAUUCCGAAUACUCGCAGAUUCAGUCCAUCCCCACGUAAAAACUCCGAAUCACCGCGCGAGACGCGAAUACCUCUCCCCAUGAGUACAACACCUUUCACAACUUCGCCUAGCCCCCGAGAUAAGCAAGCGAACUCUCAGGGGCAAACCCUCGAUAUGCGCCAACCCAUGAGCCUCAGAUCAGCCUUUGCGCUGGCUAAGAAGCAGGAGGUGGAUGUCCAGCUCGACGACGAUGAUACCUUUAGCAUUAAACACGCCUUUAAUAUAGCCAGCGCCGAGAUGAACGGACGUAUCGACGGCUCCCCUAGUCCUGCUCCACGAAAAUCUCAAAUAAGGCGUGAAUCAUACGGCGCACUUCCACGAAAGACAGCGACAAGUAGUCCGAACACCGACCUAGGGCGUCAUCUCCAACGGUUUGACCGAAACCACCAACUUAGCACAGGUAACGGGCCACUUAAUGGUUUGUUUGGCAAAACUCGAGUAGGGCCCAAUGUAUCAGAAGCCGGCAACGUCCUCGCUAAGAAAGUAAGCGACGGCAAUCUCAGAGGUUCCCCAGCGCGUCGCAGAGAAAGCCAGUGGGAUGCUAGGUUAGGAAAGGAAGAUCCUGUUAACGCGCCUGUUCCUAUCCCGUCAAUCGAGUAUGAAUCUGCUAGCGAUGACCGAGCUUCUCCGAUCGACGAACUUGUCCCUCGAUCACCCGAAAAAAGCUUCAAUUGGCAUUUAGACGCCGACUUUACGGCCGGAGAUCUCCAAGUCUCUGAUAGUCCUCGCAUCCGGGCCGGUCAGUCUAACGAGCGACCUACCCGACGGUCGCCAAGUGUGACGAGUUCUCCAGUUAGGAGUACACCUAAUAUGCGUCGCAGCAAUAAUCGCAUCGAUCAAAUUCGGCAGAAAGAAAUUGAGGUUGCGAAUGCUGUCUUGCCGGAAGAAGAUAUAUCUUCAUCUAUGCGAACAAACAGUCGACUCGACGAAUUAAGGGCACGAGAAAGAGAAGCGCUAUCUAAGCGGGCGAUGGCUACGAGUAAGCUUGAAGAAAUCCGAAUACGGAAUUUCGAAGCGCGUUUAGAAUCACCGGAGACGGGAAGAAAAUCCUACGGAGAAGAUUUACGCAGGACUUCGCUCCAGGCUGAAGAAGCCACAAAGACGCCGGAUGGCAAACUAGGGUCAGUGGCGAAAGAAGAUCAAGUUCUAAACACACCUGUCACCACUUCCCGAAACCCAAGUAAUCAGAAAUUCAACAAGUCUCCGAAAGAGGCGGGGAAAGAAAAUGAAACUAAGGUGGAAGAGGACAGAAAGGAUGUCAGACUUCCACGAAAUGAUUCACAGGACUUGCUUCGGCGUCUCGCGCGAGCAACAAGUGCCAGCCCGCCUGCGGAGAAGACUGAACAACCUGUCAUUCCAGACAAUCCUCCACUAAACAUACUAUCUGAGAGUAGGGAAAGCAGUCGCCCACGUCCAACACGAGAGGAGAGGAGAUCUAGGAAUCUGGAAGUUAAGAGCUCCAGAGAAAGGCCAACAGUUGGAUUUACAGGCUUGCCAAGGGAUUCGUCUAUUGACUCUAUUCGAGAAAAAAAGACCAGUCGUUCCGGCUCUGAAAUAGAUCCCACGGACCGCAUUGAAGCCGAGAUGAAACUGUUCGCACCGCUUGACAAUUACUCCGAGAAGGGCUCCGUCCGAGCGCCGUCGCCCAUUCCGCCAGAGCCAAUCGAUGAAGAGACACCACGCCCAAGCAAGAUUGACCCAUUGACACAACCAACCCCGCGCGUCACCGGGGCGUAUAUUGAAACGCCGGCCACCGUUAGAGUUAAGCAAGAGGAACGCUUAGAAAAUAAAAAGGUGCUAGGUGGCCCUAAUCGACACUUGGAUAUGGAUUCCGAAGUUCGUGCUAGGAGCUCCAGCGACCCCUCGAACGUUAGCCACGUUAAAUCUGAGGAUGAUGAUACUCAGGAGCUGAGAAAGGCAUCAAUACCGCGAUCUUCUUCGGUUCCCGCGGCUUCUCGUCGCGCUAGAUCUGUUUCCAGACGCCGUCGGCCUCGUCGUCCCCUGAUUAAUACUGCUAAACCGCCGUCGGUUAAAGAUGACAUUCGCGCGAUACUACGCAUGAAUCAGAUAGACGAUUCCACACUUGAAGAUUUUGACACGAUUCUUGCCGACCAGGAAAUUGAUGAUGAAGAACUCGAGAAAAUGGUGAACGACACCAUGAACAAGAUUGACAAUGAUCUUGAAUUUCCAGAACUCUCGGAACGGGAUCGCGAGCUUCAGGUUUACGAUAGGAUGAGCAAGUCGCUGAAGACUGGUCUUCUAGGCAUUCGAUCCGCGAAGAAAGGGAUCGAACGCCUAGAAGAUAGGGUUAUGCAUACCGAGCACAAGAAAGGUUCAGCUCAUACCGUUCCAACUGUCUCCAUUGCCAAAUCCGAAACGACUAUAUCCGUCUCUGACGCUGCCCCCGUUGUACUCUCUAUCCCUCCCCUGUACCGAAAAUCCCCUAAAUUCAGACUCACGAAGUUGGGGGUAUUAACACUUGUCGUGCUCAUAUGGUACGUUUUCGAGUCAGCUUUCUGUUUCCUAUACACGCCUCGUUACGACUGCACACCGGAGUUACCAUGUGAUUGGUCACCAAACGAGCCAUACUUUCCAUACGCGAUGCCUUUCAUGUUAGACGAGUGGGCCACAGGCGGCAAGGGAAGAGCAUUGGCAUGGAAGGUCGGCGAAGAAGUCGGAGAUAUGGUUGCCGAUGUCUCAGACUGGAUUACAAAGACAGAUUUUACUCAAUUUGACGAGAAAUAUAUGAACGUCUGGGAACGCAAGAGACAUAGGAGACGACUACGGAAGCGUGGCUUAGUUCCAAAAUGGGUGGCACCUCCUGAUUAUAAACCCAAAUAUGCAGAAUGGAAUGCUGCGCGGUUGGCUAGGGAAGCUGCUGAAGAAGACGGAUAUGAAGUAGAAGAUGAGACCAUGAGCGCAGACGAGAGAAUUAGGUGAGACAUGCCAACAAUCACGAUAGGCCUUUGGGUCCUAGUGAAGGAAUCAUCUUGGCGAACAUUGCAGUAUAUAAUUUUGGAACAGCAACGGCUACGCUUAUUUGAGUGUCAACAGUGUGUAGGGUAUCCAGAGUGUAAUUUUAUUUUGCAUUUUCAACUGGUGGACUAUUUACGGGGUGUUCACUAGCUUGGGCGUUGUGGUCUCGUCAGAACAAGGACAACAGACAAGGAUUACUUGACGCUUGUACCAACUUACUGCACAUUGUAUUAAAAAUUACGUAGGCUACGGUCAUAAUAAUGGAAAAGAGAUCUCCCGGCGGUUACGAGGUCUAGUGUAUUCUUAGAAGCUGCCGGAUUCCCGCAUUCCUUGCAUCCCUGGGGUCCCUUGACUUCUUCAAGCCCAUGAUGAUCCUCCCAUUGCCAAGAUUCGUGCUCCCGCCUCGAGCCGCAACGUCAACUCCAGAUAUUUACCGGUGUCAACUCAUACCAGAUAGAUGUCAUAUGAACUAACACCACUUACGCAAUCAAGCUUAUUAUAUGG